AACCCGGGGCUGGGUGAACAGCCGCAGGAGGUUGCCUGGGCAGGAUUCAUGGGCGGUUUCCCAGCUGGUUGGGACAGUGGGCCUCUGGGCCAGAGUAAACUACGCAGCAGACUAUUCUGGAACAGGUGGAUGGUUGCCUCAGUUACCUGCAUCGGAAGGUGUAAGUGAGUCCCGAGCCACUCCCUGCUCCACUGCUCCAGCGGAAUCCGAAGUGAGUGUGGCAAUAGAGAGGACCAAACCUGUUGCUGGGACCACCCGUGAUUCUCAUAGCCCUGAAGAAAAUGAGCAUCAAGAAGAAAGAUCUUAUUACCUUACAGGACCCUGAAGCCAAGUACCCGCUGCCCUUGAUUGAGAAGGAGGAAAUCAACCACAACACCAGAAGGUUCCGCUUUGGACUGCCCUCACCAGACCAUGUCCUAGGGCUGCCUGUAGGUAACUAUGUCCAUCUCUUGGCACAAAUUAACAAUGAAUUGGUAAUCAGGGCUUACACACCUGUUUCCAGUGACGAUGAUCAAGGCUUUGUGGACUUAAUUAUAAAGAUCUACUUCAAAAAUGUGCACCCCAAGUAUCCUGAAGGAGGAAAGAUGACUCAGUACUUGGAGAACAUGAAAAUUGGGGAUACUAUCCUUUUUCGGGGGCCAACAGGGCGCCUGUUCUACAAUGAGCCAGGGACCCUUUUAAUCAAAGCAAACAAAACGAGUGAGCCUGAAAAAAAGCUGGUUCAUCACCUGGGGAUGAUUGCUGGAGGCACAGGCAUUACACCCAUGCUCCAGCUGAUUCGCCAUAUCACUAAGGACACCAGCGAUGGGACCAGGAUGUCUCUCCUCUUUGCCAACCAGACAGAAGAGGAUAUCUUAUUGAGAAAGGAGCUAGAAGAAGUCGCCACGACUCAUCAAAACCAGUUCAACCUGUGGUAUACUCUGGACAGGCCUCCCAGUGGCUGGAAGUACAGCUCAGGCUUCAUUAAUGCUGACAUGAUCAAGGAGCACCUCCCUCCUCCCGGGGAGGCCACACUCAUCCUGGUAUGUGGCCCACCACCGCUGGUCCAGGAGGCAGCUCACCCCAGCCUGGAGCAGCUCGGCUACACCAAGGACAUGAUUUUUACCUACUAACACCUCCCAGGCUACUUAGUGGGUCCCUCUCUGUUUUAGAGUGAGUUUGGCUUCACCCUGUUCAAGUGGGUUAUCUGUAACGUGUCUCUCCGUGGCACCCUUGGGCAUGGUGUUCUUUUGGUUGUGGGCCUAAGAAGAGUUCACAGGCUGAAGACAAAAGUGAUUUUUUGAGCUUCCAGGCUUGGCACCUAGGAAGGAAGCUACUUUCUCCAUGACAUUCUCCAUGACUUAGUGGAAUAAACUAGACUACUUUGCA